AUGUGGGCACAUUCGAUGACAGUUCAGGAUUACCAGGAUCUCAUAGACAGAGGAUGGCGAAGAAGUGGAAAAUACGUCUACAAACCUAUAAUGAAUCAAACGUGUUGUCCUCAAUACACAAUAAGGUGUCAAGCUUUGCAUUUUCAGUCCUCCAAAUCUCACAAGAAAGUUCUGAAGAAAAUGUUGAAAUUUAUUUCCAAAGGAGAUGUUUUGAAAGUAGCGAGCGAAGAAGAGCCAAUGGAUUCCCAAAUAGAAGACGUGGUUGCGUGUGAUUUUGCAUACAAGAGUGAAUCUCUUGUCAGUCCAUCUGAACUGACACCCUUGAGUGUGGAUCACACAGAGAGGGUGGAAAAUGAAGAUAAGGACACGGGAGAAUCAAAAGAGGUGAACGAGCGGACGGGGGAAUCGGGUUCUCUUCAGAUACCUGCAGAUAAAGACGCACCAGUCCCUGGAGGACCAGCACCUUCGGCUAAAGCUGUUCAUGCACCACCUAAGCCAGGGAAAGGGGCUGAUCUGAGCAAGCCACCGUGUCGAAAAGCAAAGGACAUACGGAAAGAGAGAAAACUGCAGAAACUCCUUCAGAACCAAACAUGCACGCUUGAAGGCUCUCAACGUCAAACAGGAGAUCAAGUUUUCCUCUCACAAAACUCUAAGUCUAAAACAAACCAACCUAAAACCAUCGAAGACUUCAUUUUUGUCUCUCUGCCUGAUGAUGCACCACACAAAUUAGAGGUGAGGUUAGUACCUGUCUCCUUUGAGGACCCACAGUUCAAAUCAUCCUUCAACCAGUCAGCCACUUUAUUUGCCAAGUAUCAGAUGGCUAUACACAAGGAUGCACCUUCUGACUGUGGUGAAAAUGAGUUCACACGGUUCCUCUGUGAUUCUCCUCUGGAGGCAGAGAAUGCACCAAACGGACCAGAAUGCGGCUAUGGUUCUUUCCACCAGCAGUAUUGGCUGGAUGGGAAGAUAAUUGCUGUCGGUGUAAUUGAUAUCCUGCCCUACUGCGUGUCCUCUGUCUACCUGUACUACGAUCCAGACUAUUCUUUCUUAUCUUUGGGAGUCUACUCUGCAUUACGAGAAAUUGCUUUUACUAGGCAACUUCAUGAAAAAGCUCCUGAUCUCUGUUUUUAUUAUAUGGGUUUCUACAUUCAUUCAUGCCCCAAAAUGAGAUACAAGGGUCAGUACAGGCCCUCUGACUUGUUGUGUCCAGAGACGUACGUCUGGACGCCUAUUGAGCAAUGUCUGCCCCUGCUCGAGCGCUCGAAAUACUGUCGAUUCAACCAGGACGUAAAGGCGGUUGAUGAAGGUCGCGUUAAGGAACUGGGCAGAGUGAGAGUACUUCACAAGAGAACCGUGAUGCCUUACAGCGUCUAUAAGAAAAGGAGGAAGGGGCCAAGCGACGAAGCCAGCGUUCAGCAAUACGCAAGUCUGGUUGGACAGACCUGUUCAGAAAGAAUGUUGUUGUUCAGGAGCUGA